AUGGCUGUUCCUCAGGUUAACGGCGAUGUCGCCCCUGCUAUCAACUCUGCCUUCCUCCAGCACCUUCUCAACUACCCCUUGAUCAGCGACAGUGUCAACACCGUCAAGAACAACGGCUACGCCCAGCGCUCCAUCAAGCUUGGUGACUCUGCCUACCAGACCUUCGCCGCUCCCGUCCUUCCUUACUUCUCUAAGCCCUACGGCUACGUCUCUCCUUACGUCCAGCGCGCCGACUCCUUCGGUGACAAGACCCUCGACCGCAUCGACGAGCGUUUCCCCAUCAUCAAGAAGCCCACUUCCGAUCUGUACAACGACACCAAGGAGAUCAUCUUCUUCCCCUACAACAAGGGCCUCGAGGGUCGCGACCACGUCUUCGAUGUGUACUCCUCUGAGACCAAGAAGCACGAGCAGGAGGGUAUCGUCGGCCAGGGCAAGGCUGCCGUUGCCACUGCUCUCGUUCUGUCCACCGAGACCUUGGCUGUCCUGAGCACAUUCCUUCACGCCAAGAAGGCUGAGGCCACUGAGGCCGUCAAGGAGAAGAUCAACCAGUAA